AUCGCGCCCAAGCUCGGCAACGAAACCGCCAAAGCCGAGUUAGGCCGAGCUUCCUGGAAGCUCUUCCACACGAUCAUGGCGCGUUUCCCCGACAAACCGUCCGCCGACGAGAGCGCGGCUCUCCGCGACUACGUCUACUUGUUCCAGCGGUUGUAUCCCUGCGGCGAAUGCGCGGAGCAUUUCGGGAAGAUCCUGGGGGAGUUCCCUCCGCAGACGUCUUCGCGGAGCAGCGCGGCCGUGUGGGCGUGUCAUGUGCAUAACGAGGUGAAUAAGAGUUUGAAGAAGGAGAUUUUCGAUUGUGCGAACAUCGGGGAUUUCUAUGACUGUGGCUGUGCGGAUGAUGAGCAUGACGAUAAG